AAGCUUCACAACUUGACUGCUUUCCCUCCUCCAGUACUGUCCAAAAGAAGAGAGAGAAAAAAAGCAGUGGGUGCUCAGUUGAGUGUGUAGAAGAAAAUCAAGAAGAGAGAAAUGGCAGAGGGCAAGGAAGAAGAUGUUAAGCUUGGAGCGAACAAGUUCACAGAGAGGCAACCAUUGGGGACAGCAGCUCAAACAGACAAGGACUACAAGGAGCCACCACCAGCACCCCUCUUCGAGCCAGGGGAAUUGAGUUCAUGGUCCUUCUACAGGGCUGGUAUUGCUGAGUUCAUGGCCACCCUGCUGUUCUUGUACAUCACUAUCUUGACUAUUAUGGGGGUUAACAGAAGCACGCCAAACAAGUGUGCUUCUGUUGGUAUUCAGGGGAUCGCCUGGGCUUUUGGUGGUAUGAUCUUUGCACUUGUCUACUGCACUGCUGGUAUCUCAGGAGGACACAUUAACCCAGCGGUGACUUUUGGACUGUUCCUAGCAAGGAAGCUCUCCUUGACAAGGGCUGUGUUCUACAUAGUCAUGCAGUGCUUGGGAGCCAUCUGUGGUGCUGGUAUUGUCAAGGGAUUUGAGAAGGGACCAUAUGAGAGAUCAAAGGGUGGGGUCAACUAUGUACAACAUGGCUACACCAAAGGAGACGGCCUUGGUGCUGAGAUUGUUGGGACCUUCGUCCUUGUUUACACUGUUUUCUCUGCCACUGAUGCCAAGAGAAAUGCCAGAGACUCACAUGUUCCCAUUUUGGCUCCUCUUCCAAUUGGAUUUGCAGUUUUCUUGGUUCACUUGGCUACUAUCCCCAUUACUGGCACAAGCAUCAACCCUGCAAGAAGUCUUGGUGCAGCCAUCAUCUACAACAGAGACCUUGGAUGGGAUGAUCACUGGAUCUUCUGGGUUGGACCCUUCAUUGGAGCUGCUCUUGCUGCAGUGUACCACCAGAUUGUGAUCAGAGCCAUUCCUUUCAAGAGCAGGGCUUAAGAGGGGAUCAAGUUUUUUAACCUUUCGAGUCAUCAUCAUCUUGAAUCUCUACCUUUUUUAAAGGGACAAGGAUAUCAUCUCCCCAUUUUUCUUCUCCUGUUAUUGUUGUUUGUUCCCGGUGUUCCCUUGCCUCUAUCUCUCUCUCUCUCUCUCAAAUGUGUGUGUAAAUUAUCAGUGUAUGCUGUACUUAAAGUUUGCUUCAGUUUCCAACCUUUGAAUGAAGGAUUCUUCUUUUGUCUUUUCAA